GUGAACUACACUAUUAGUAGAGAACGUUCGUUCGUGAAGGCGGCGUGGACGGCAGCUUGAGAAGACACUGAUACAAAGUUACUGGCGGAAUUUUAGACUACAACAGGAUGUCAGACAGCGAGUCCGUCAAGAAAAUGUUGCGAUCGGUACUUCAGUCCAGCAAGCAGGGUGUGUAUGUCAGCAAACUGCAGUCAGAGUACCGCUCGCUGUGUGGAGAGACUAUCCCCCUGAAGAAACUGGGCUUUUCCGAUUUGGAAUGCUAUCUCAUGAGCAUUCCCUCUGUUGUGCGGCUGGACUACCAAAUAGGAGAGUUGAGAUGCUUUGCAGCAGUAUGUGAAGAAACGGCACAUAUUGCCGAGCUGGUAGCGCGGCAGAAAACUUCCAAGAAAUCGGGAAGCUCCCAAGUCGUUAACUGCAGGAUGAGACGCAAAGCUUCCAACCCUUACAUGCUUAAAGCAUCGCCUAUGUGUUCGCUGCGCCAGCCUUCAGUUGGUAAUACUUUCAGGCCAGCAAACCGCUAUCAACCCCACGGUGGCUUCAGAGGCUUCAGCGCCUCAGGAGAUAUCAGGCAAUUGGACAAUAACCAAAGGUGUACCCUACCUGUUGAGCACAGACAACCUUCGUCUCCGCAAAGUGUGAAACAGUGUGUAGUCCCUGACAGGACCAAUAAUCUUGAAAUGCCCCAGAAACCAAAAGAGAAUCCACCUGAACAAGUCCAAAGACUCAACUGUUUGGAGUCAUGCCAGUAUGAUGUGAAACUGGUGCAGAGAAGACUAAUGCAACUAUUGCAAAAGUACAACUCUGGGAUGUGGAAGUCCAAACUGCCAACAGUCUUCAGCAACAUGUUCAAUCAGCAGCUCCCUCCUCAGGCGCUCACACAUCUAGAAAAGUGGAAACACAUUUGUAUGGUAGAGCAAUCUUACAGCAACACAGGUGACUGCCUGAUUUACCCUCUAUUACCUUCCUCUGAUGCUCCUGGAAGCAGCUCCCGUGACUGCUCCACACGAACCUCUAUUAAGUUGAGCACUGUACCUAGAUCCACCUCCUUACAGGACUCGACAUUUGAGAAGUCUGCUGCCCCUCUUCCAAAGCUGCCUUUUCCUAAACUUAACGUUAUUUCCAAAGAGCUAUUAGCCAAGCCAGUACUGCCCACAGCUCCACAGCCUGCUAAUGGCCAUGUCACUUCUCAGGAAGCCGUUCAGAACAGUUUUGCAGUCACGUCCAUUAAUAGCAAAUUUGUAGCAAAUACUGUCAACCUUAGAAAAAAUUCUCACCCUUUAACUUCUACAUGUAACAUCUCUUCUAAAACUAACCUCCCUUCCCUAGCUCCCUCUCAUCAACCAAUUUCUGAAGCUUUACCGCCACAGAAAUACGCAUUUUCCUCUAGUUUUGAUUCUGGCACAUGUCUUCCCACGAAGUCCUCUGACGCCAUCAUGCCAGCUGAUGUGUGGGAAAAAGUAAAGGAACUUCUGUCUAAGUACAGCAGUGGGCUGUGGGUCCAUGCGUUGCCCAAACUUUACAUGGACACGUAUAAGACCCCAUUCCCUGAACAUCUUCUGGAUAAACUAUGUCUUCUGUGCACUGUGGAGUACCCUCUUGCAAAUGACAAGGAAAAAGCCAUUCUGUAUAAUUCCAUCAGAGGAGACAUGAAAGCAACUGAUGUUACAGACAGUAUGAAGGGCAGAUGCCACACGCAUCCCUCUGGUGUGGAGAUUGUGGGUCCUUUGGUUCCUCCCUGUCUCGUUCAUCCCUCAGCACAGUACCCCUCCGUACUGGUUACCGACGCCAAAAGCAGUAAUGCCGUCACCAUACGGUAUGUUGGUGAGGGCUAUUCCCUUGCACAGGAGGCCAUGGAAGAUGCUAUGCUUUCCUUUUAUAAACAAAGUCCGACUCUCCAGCCACUCUCCAACCCUGUUGUGGGUCAACUAAUAGCCGUUAAGGGGGAUGAUGGCAAUGAACUGGCCAGAGCGCAGGUCACGGAGGUCAUGGCCCUCAACAAGGUCAAGGUUUACUAUGUGGACUAUGGCUUUACUGUGGAGACGACAAGGGAACGUCUUCUGGAUCUGCAUCAGAACUUCCUUUUGCUUCCCUUCCAGGCCACACAUGUUAGGCUGGCAGGUUUGGAGGCGUUCAGUACCAAUUCCUCUGUGUUGACCUCACUGUGCAAGUGGGCAAUUGGAAAGAUUCUUCUGAUUGAAUUUGUAGGGACAUCUCCCCCGACUGACUUACCAGAGGCAUUGCUGUAUGACACUUCGCAGGAAGAUGACAUCAACAUAAACUUGAUCUGCCUUAAGGAUCUGCAAGAUGAAACCAUGAAUAACCCCUUAACUGUGAAUUGCACCUAUCCAGAUGUAUGUGUCACAAAUGUAUGUGCAGACGGGGAUGUCUUUUGCCAGUUGCCCUCCAGAGGAACUGAAAAGCUCAGCAAGUUGUUGGAAGACACAGAAGCCUUUUUUAUGUCCCAGAAGACAUCGGAGUACUUGGUUUCUAAACCUUUCAAUGGCAAGGCGUGUCUGAUCCGCUACCAAGAAAAGUGGUCCAGAGCAGAGAUCACCAAUCUUCAUGGCAACAGGGUAGUGGAAGUUUCCUUGGUGGAUCUGGGUGUCCCAGCAACUGUCGAGAUCACUGAACUGCGAGAAAUCCCCCCUCUUUUCAUUCAGGACUUCACUGUCAUUCCACCACUGGCGAUCAAAUGUCGUCUGGCUGACGUAACCAUUCCAGCAGGAGACUGGAGCCCAGAUGGUGUUUUAUGGUUGAAGAAUGCCAUCCUUGGUGUCACAGAUUGCAAAAUGAAGAUCUGUAAAUUAGAAGAGCACAAAGGGGAGAGAUUGGUCCACAUAUACCUCUUUGUGGGUGCUGGCAGUGAAGAAGUGAACAAGAGCAUUAACCAUCAGUUGACUCGGAUGUUGCAGAAACUCCCCAGCAAGAAAAAAUUCAUAGACACUGAUCUCAGUGCUUCAUUGAAGAGGCUGACUGUGAGCAGUCCAACUCCCCCGUGUCCUGGGCCAUGUGAAUCAUCCUUCCUGGAGACAAUUACAAUAACAAAACCCCCACCGCUAGAGCUCCCCCUGCCUGGUCAGAACCUCGAUGUGUACGUGCCAGUGGCGUGUCACCCGAGUUAUUUUGUAAUACAGCCAUGGCAGGACCUGCAUAAACUGGGGGUCCUGAUGGGAGAGAUGGUGCUUUACUAUAACCAGACUAUCAUACCCUCGACAGUCAUGCAGAUCAAGAAGGGAGAGAUAUACGCAGGCAAAAUACAAAAGAGUUGGCAUCGCGUGGUGGUGAAGGGGAUCUUGUCCAAUGGGUUGAUCUCCAUCUACGAGUUGGACUAUGGCAAACACGAACUCAUCCUCAGUUCCCUCCUCCAGCCCUUGAUUGAGGAAUUCCGACAGCUGCCUUUCCAGGCCGUCACCGCACGACUGGCAGGUGUGCCAAAGCGCCAGUGGUCAGAGGAGGCGUCCAUGGUCUUCAGAAAUCAUGUAGAGCAGCAGGCCCUUGUCGCCCAGAUCGAAAGUGUGCAGGACUCGUCAGAGGCCCAGGUUGAAUCUUGGGAGCGCAGUUUAACAGUUUAUUUAGUGGAUACAAAAAUGGACUCGAAGGAUAUUUGGAUCCACAGCCUAAUGGCUGACGUCUACUGUUAGCUGUCUCCUCGCUGGAGCACCAGGAAUGUUAUUGGCAUCACCUUUCAUCAGUUUGGUUUUGUGUUGCGUGAUGGGGGCUGUGGAUAUUUUCUAAGAUUUGUGUUUAUGGAAAACAUGUUGCAAGUGCAUUUAAAAAAAAAAAUCGUAAUAGUAUUAUUAGAUGUCAUUGCACUUGAUUUUCUUUAAUCAACAUUAAACAUUGUCCUAGCUCAGUGUGAGCAUUUUAAACAACCAGUAUACACAUUUGACACAUGACGUUAAACACGUUUUUAUGC